CCUGCGGCGCGUCUGGACGGACGGAAGGAGGAUCGGAACGGAACAGAACAGCAAAGCCUCUCUCCCAGUUUACUUCGGGUUCGUUCCUCCGGCGGCCGCCUGCACGGAGCCCGGCGCCGGGGCCAAGGCCGGAUUGGAUGGCUCAUGCCGCCCACGCGAGGUCGCGCUGCGUCGUCGCGCUGCUCUUCGCCGUCGCCGUCUUCCUCGCCUGCUUGCCGCCCGCCGCCACCGCCUCCGCCUCCUCGUCUUCCCGGGCAGCGGCGGCGGCAUUGCAACGAGUCGAGAUGGCGGCCAUGUACACCCCGCAGGACCUGCAGGAGAAGCCGGAUGUGACCAAGGACGCGGAGGAGGACGUGAGCACGACGGGGUUCGGCGCGGAGGAGGAGAGGGAGGUGCCCACCGGGCCGGACCCCAUCCACCACCACGGCAGGGGACCCAGGCGCCGGCAGUCGCCCUGAUCGGCAGACGACGAGGAUGCUUCCGUGGGUCGGUUCGUCCAGCGUGAGUGAGCCAUGAAUCAAGAACCAGAUUCUGAUACUAUGUCCUAUGCAUGGGUGCUCUGUUGAAUCUGCACAUUGGAUUCUGAUUCCAUUGUUGUUGUAGGGUACUAAUCAAAGGAAAUGGGGAAGAGCUACAAUUCAUAAUAAGCGUUGUACAAUGAGCUGUUCUUCCCCUAAACAAACUUAUUUGUUAUUCUUAGUUUGUUACUGCUUGCUUGCCUCCCCUGUGAUUUUGCUUUUUUGUGUGGCGUUGAUGUUUAAAUAGAUAACUGGCUCCUGUUU